CUGGCUCCUCCCGGGUCGCGUGCAUGCGCUCUCCUCCGCGACCUGCUGCGGGAGGGAUCGACCCGAUCGACUUUGGGAAGCUGGGAGGAUCCCUGGCACUGUUGGGAGUUCUGGAACUUUUGCAUCUGGGACCUUGGCAGAAGGAUGAGUGUGGACUGGCUUGGCUAUGGAUAUGCAGCACUGGUUGCUUCAGGUGGAAUAGUUGGGUAUGCAAAAGCAGGUAGUGUUCCUUCCCUAGCUGCUGGUCUCCUGUUUGGUGGUUUAGCAGGAGUGGGUGCUUAUCAACAGUCUCAAGAUCCCAAGAAUGUUUGGCUGUCUCUGAUUGCAUCUGGAACUUUGACUGGCAUGAUGGGAAUGAGAUUCUAUAACUCCAGAAAAUUCAUGCCUGCAGGAUUAAUUGCUGGUGCCAGUUUACUAAUGGUGGGGAAACUGGGACUACAGAUGAUGGAGAAACCCCUUCAGCCAUAAUUGUACAGUGGAUAAGAAGCAGAUGAGUUUCCUGGAGAGACAGCUUUCUGAAUGCCUACUUGAAAUAAGAAGACAACCAAAAUUCUCAAUUCUUUUCAAAGGGUACAGCACAGGAAUGGGCAUAGUUUGGUAGGAGUACAAAUUAGUUCAAACGGGGUGAGAGGAUCUUUUUUGCUGAGACUGUAUACAGCCUGGACUCUUUCCACCCUGGCAUGCCAUGUGGAAGAAUAUUUAAACUACAAAACAUGUUUCAGACCAGAAAAUUAUCUUUAUUGGCUGUUGUUGCUGGUUGCACAAAGGCCAGAUCUACAGCAUUGCAGCUUUCAUGGUUUACUUUUUACACUUCCCCCCAAAGCUGUGAGCAUUUUAAAAUGAUGUAUGGGAAAAACUGCUGGUGGUAACCAAUAUUGCAGAUAUCCAUCAUGUGGUAUGCUUGCUUAACUCAUACCUUACUUUUCUGUCCCCACAUCUGAAUGCUGUAAAUGUACUCAACUAGAAAUUUCUAUCUGCCCUUAAGUAGACCUACAAUCAAGAGAAAGCAUUUAAGACUAUAGCCUACAAAGCAGUGUUUUUGUCUCUAAAAUCAGGUUAAAGUUUGCUAAUUUUCAUUGAACAGACUUUAAACAAUUACUUGUUUGCUAAUAAAAAUAUGGAGUGCCCCCAAAAAACCACUUCUGGGGUUGGAGGAAGACAUAUUUUUGUGUGGAAAGUGUGUGUCUUUAAGUAAAUUUGAUAUUCUUUGGUCAAUAGUACCUAAAAGUAUUGAUUAGAUUUCUGCCAAGGUCCUUCAGGUAUAGUAUUGCACUGGUCUAGAGUUCUGUGGAUGUAGAAAGAGACAUAUUAAUGGAGACUUCACUUUUACAGAACUUGUGCCUUAUUAUAAUUAUUAUUGCUGUCCAGGAUUGAGUACCAACUUAGUGGGGAUACAGGCGAGACGCCGCCCCUUUCCCUAGCGGAUCAUUGCUGCGUCAACCGCACAUCAUGGCAACAAUGUGUCUGGAAAAAGGAGUUGCGUUUCUCUGCUGCCACCGAGGCACCAUUAGCGCCCUUGAGCGGUGCGGUGACGUCCCUUAUGCACUGCACUGUUUGGACAUGGCACAUGAGGCAUGUCAUCAGCGUACACACCAUGAACGUGCAUGUGCCAAAAUGGCACCCAUAUGGUCAGCACGCUCCGCUCUCUUGAGCCCUAAAAUCGGCCCCAGGCCGGCGCAUAGCACCAGUCUGUACCAGGCCUUAUUCAUAUUUAGAGUAGGCCAACUGAAAGCAACAGAGAGUAAUCCUCCUGAUGAAACUAGGUCUGUGGAAUUCAGUGGCCAUACCCUAAGUCUGAAUCUAAUCUAUUGCUCAAUUUUUUUCAAAAUAGCUUGUCUAGUAUUGAGGUCUGCCUUCUCCAUGCAUUUUAGCCCUUUAUCUUUUUAUCUAAACACUAAUAAUAAUAAUAAUAAUUUAUUUAUAUUCCACCUUUUCACAGGGGAAUCAAGGCAGAUUACAACAAUUAUGACAAUAAAACCUAAGUGUAUACAUUUUCCCCAUGUUUUUAGAAAUGAUUUGUCCAACUAAAGUUAAACUGUUUAAAGGCUGGGUUCCAAUGGGAAAUAAACAUAUUGAAUGCUGUGGA